GAUCUCUGGUGUAAAAUCACAUGGGGCAAAACGGGCAAAAUCAUAGAGUUCAGGGCAAAGUUGAUAUUUCAAUAUGGCGUUGUAACUAAUAAGGUUGUCAAAUAAUGGAAUCCAAGCGAGUCUAUGUAGGCGGUCUCUACCAUGAGGCAACAGAUAAAGAUCUGCGACAGUUGUUCUCAAAGUUUGGAGAAGUUGAUAGUGUUGAAAUCAAGAAGCGUUCAGAGAACAAUGUGGUAAACUUUGUAUUUGCUUAUGUAAAUGUCAAGACCACUGAUCCUCAGAUCACACAAUGCUUCAGACGUCUAAAUGGCACAUUCUGGAAGGGCAAGAGGCUCAAACUGGAGCUGGCCAAGGAGUCCUUCCUCGCUAAACUGCAGCGGGAAAGGGAGCAGAACCGCCCGGCGGGCCGACCACCGCCUCCCCCACCUCCGCCCAGAAGGCGCACCAUGCAGGACAGGAUUCUGGAUGACGUUUUGGCGUCAAAGAAACGUCGUUCGGAGGAUGUCGCGUCAGGCGGUGUGGUAGAUUUUACUGAGGAAGCUGCCACCCCGGCGUCGGCGCCGGUUCAGAACGGACACCAUGAGUCUCCUGAACCAAAGCGUAAGAAGAAGAAGAAAUCACGAGAAGUCUCCCCUCCGCCGCCGGUCGGGGUAGAGGCGGACAGGGACGGAGAUGAGCCGCCGCCUACGCGGGGCGCGCUGCGAAUGUUUGGGGGUAUCGGUGGCGCACGGUUGGUGACCCCAACUGCUCCUGUGUCAGAGUCUGCUGCUCCUGCUCCCACUGCCUCUCCAUUUCCGGCUUCUGUGUCAUCGUCUUCCGCUACUGCCCCUGCCACUCACACUCCAGUCAGUGGCGACUUUUUGUCCCGUCUGGAGGCGUUCAGCUCGGUCUGGGGAGACGAUGGUGAUGGCGCACCUCGGGAACCGUUCGUGCCAGCUCGUCGUGCCGCCGCCACCCCUGUUGUCGCAUCCGCUCCCGCCACCGUCACUGCCACCACCGCCUCCACCGCGAAAGCCACUCCCAAAGCCUCUGCCAACGUCCCCGCUACUUCUACUGCCAAAGCCGCAGCCACCGCCAGUCCUACCGCUCCUGCCCCCGCUCCGGUGGGUCGGAGAGGUCAGACGGCUGUGGAUGACAAUGAGAGGCGAAUGGCCUCACUGAGACAGAAACAGGAGGCGUUCCAGAGUCAGAAGCGGGCACUACAGCUGGCGCUCUCGGCCAAGGCAGAUGUACCUCGUCCCAACAAGAGGAUUGUGUUCGACGCCUCGGAUGACGAAGACGCCGAGCCGGAGCGGGAGUCCUCGGGAGGAGUCGGGAGGACUCCCGGCCGAGGACCCAGCCUGUUUGGGGAGGACGAGGACGGAGAGGAAGAGCAGGAGGACGCUGACGAUUUCAGAGUCCGGCCGCAGUACGAGGGAGCCAAGGGACAAAAGUUACAGGCGCUCCAGGCUCGGUUCGGCGCCGACGACCGGUUCACGCUGGACGAACGGUUCGCCGAUGAGGACCAACAGUCCCCCGAGGACAGAGUUGAGGAGGAGGAGGAGAGAGGAGAGGAGGUGCGGGAGGAGCACCGUCAGCAGAUGAACAUCCUGGACAGCGUGCUCGGUACGGCCGCAGAGCCCGAGAGGAAGGGCAAACUCGCCAAAAAGAACAGUGACAGCGGUCCGGUACGGUUCGACCCCUCCCUGGAGUCGCACGCUCAGUAUCAGCUCGACACCAAGAAACAAAAACAAAAGAAGAAGUCUUUGGAUGCAGACCGUACCCCCACCCCCGCUACCAUUCCUUCCACCGCCCCCGCCCCGGCUCCAGCGGUAGAAUCGGGCACCUUCUACCAGGUGGCACCGCAGCUGGGUGACCUGUUCAGCCGCGGAGGUUCUACCGGCGGCGGGGGAGGAUUCAGCCUGCUGAAGAUGAUGGGCAGAGCGGCAGAUGAUGAUGAAGAGGAAAAAGAAGAUGACUACAAGACAUCAGAGAUCAAGGAAAAGAAGAAGCGUCACAAUAUUGAAGGUGCCGCCGCCAAUCCGUUCCGUUACGACUCGAGCAGUUCCGAGGACGAGGCGGAAGAUGGCAGCACUGUGCAGUCACUAGGUGUCGCAGCGGGCGGCGGCUGGACGCAGGCGCGCAAGUUCUUCCUGCAAAAAGAUGAUCCGCGACUCGAGGAGGGUCUGGAGUGGGUCCGAUCAGCACCUUCCGUUGACGAGCUGCGGGAGCGGGCAGAGCAGCAGCGUCCCGAGCUGGUGGAACUGUUCAGAACCAUGCGUCACAGCCGACAGCGCGCGCAACGGAGGGGUCGGGGAAGGGGGCGGCGGAUGCCCGGACGGUGACGAUGGAAAGUCGCCGGGAGGGGUACCGAUGGAUGGGGCUGGAGUGAAUAUAUGGGGACAACGCA